AUGAAGUUGUUCUUCGUUUUUAUUUUGUCAAUUGUGUCUGCAUCUGGUUUUGAAAACGAGUCUCCCGAAGAAAGAUGGGAACGUUAUGUUCAAGUUCUCCGAGAAUACGGACCUGAUGAAAAGAACAUCAUGGUAUCUAAUGAUACACCGAGAUUACUACAGUACAAAUUUGAAUGUGAUAUUCUAGCGCCUUCUGCCACGAAACCUGACUCGGUUCAUAAACUACGUCCAGCUGAUAUUGACAUCGUUGCUGCUUUGGGAGAUUCUUUAACGGCUGCCAAUGGUGCUGGCGCCAGUAACCCUUUUCAAGUACUGAUCGAGUACAGAGGACUAUCUUGGAGUAUUGGUGGCGAUAACACAUUGGAAGAUGGUACUCUAACGCUGUCAAACAUUUUGAAAAUGUAUAACCCAAACGUAAAAGGUUGGUCUAUAGAGACAGGUCCCGCAGAUAACCAUAACAUCUCUAGAUUAAACGUGGCGGUACCAGGUUCCACUUCAAUAGAUAUGCUUGAACAGGUAGAAACCCUUAUUCAGGGUCUGAAGACAGUCAAGACUCUAGAUUAUGAUAAUGAUUGGAAACUGGUAACCUUAUUCAUAGGUGGUAAUGAUUUGUGUGCUUACUGCCGAGACAAUGAUAGCUACUCAGCCGAGCAGUACGCCACCAAUGUUAAGGCAGCGUUGGAUUUAAUGCACGUUGAGCGCUCCCUCGAGAUGUUGGUUGAAGAUGGUAGAUAUGACACAAGAGAUGACUUUACUGUAGUAAUUCAACCAUUCUUUGAGGAGACUUAUAUACCACCUGAUGGUGAAGGUGGUUGGGAUGGAUCUAUGUUCGCACCAGACUGUUUUCAUUUCAGUGAAUAUGGACACCAAGGCUGUGCCAUGAGUCUGUGGAAUAAUAUGAUUGAACGAGUCGGAGAGAAACGCAAAGCAUGGCUUCCUGAAGACAAAUUGGAGUGUCCAUCGGAGGAUUUCGAAUACUUCUACACAUAUAAGAACUCAAACGAGACCGAGCAGAACAUGGAUCCCAUAGGAGACUUGGAUCCCAUAGGACAAGCAUACGUGGUUACUAUGCCAUCACUGACAUUACUGUUAACAGUCAUGAGGAUACAGCACAAAUUUGACUGUGAAAUUAUACCUCGAUCAACGACAAGGCCUACGUCAGUGCAUGAACUAACACCAGGUGAUAUUGAUAUUGUUGCUGCUUUGGGGGACUCUAUAACGGCUGGCAACGGUGCUGGGGCUUCCAAUCCCAUACAAGUUAUUCGCGAAUAUAGAGGACUAUCAUGGAGUAUUGGUGGUGAUGGUACAAUGAAAGACGAAACACUUACUUUACCAAAUAUUUUAAAACAAUAUAACCCGGAAGUGAAUGGGUGGUCUGUUGGUAUUGGACAAAUAGAAGAUUAUAAUAUAUCACGUUUGAAUGUAGCUGAACCUGGAGGUAAAUCCAAGGAUCUCAUGGACCAGACGCAAAACCUUAUCGAAAGAUUGAAACAUGUUGAUUGGCUGGACUAUGAUAAUGAUUGGAAAAUGGUGACUAUAUUUAUAGGCGCUAACGAUCUAUGUGCGUACUGCCACGAACCUGAGGAGUAUACAGCGGAAAAUUAUGCAAAAAAUGUUGAAGAAACAUUGGAUUACAUGCAUGAAGAGAUACCGAGGACGUUCGUUAACUUAGCACAAACCGUUAUGGUAACUGAAAUAAACAAACUGGAUGGAUGUUUUUGUGAUCUACUACACCGUUUCUCUUGUGAUUGUGCAAAGGCAAAGUAUUCUGAUGACUGGAGAGAACUACUGAACUUGACAAAUGCAUAUCAUCGUGCAUUGGAGACGUUGGUUGAAAGCGGCAAAUAUGAUACACACGAUAAUUUUACUGUAGUUAUCCAACCAUUCUUCGAAGAGACACGUAUACCUCCUGAUGGUGAAGGUGGAUGGGAUGAUUCAUUCUUUGCGCCAGACUGUUUUCAUUUCAGUGAAUACGGGCACCAAGAAAGUGCCAAAAGUUUAUGGAAUAAUUUGAUAGAGCCAGUAGGACAGAAACGUACAGCUUGGCACCCUGACGACAUUGUAGAAUGCCCAUCUGAGGAUUUCGAAUACUUUUACACCUAUAAAAAUUCACCAGAGAUCACCACCUAA